UUCUCGAUAAUAUCCGCUCAUACUUUUCGGUUAGCAAUUCUGGUAGGUUGUUUUGCUGGGUUUAUUUUUCAGGCUCUCGAGUUUGUUAAAUUCUAUUAUGAAUAUCAAACUUCAGUGGAAAUCAAGAUCGAAUCUGCUGAUAAUAUAUCUUUACCAUCUGUUACAUUCUGCUAUAAGCAAAAAUUCAAUUUUUCGCACUGGUGUGUAAUUAGGCCCGAUGAUUGUUGUAAAGAUGUAGGCACUAUGGAAGAAGUGAUUAAAUGGAAUAAUUAUAUGUACUCACUGGACGGAACAGAGAUGAAAGAUGCUGGAGUACAUCUUGACAAAAUUCUAGUUAUGUGCUCUUAUGAGGGGGACGAUAAUUGUCAGCCUAUUUACAAGACCUGUACUACCUCCUAUGGAAAUUGCUAUACCAUUAACAGUGACUGGAGACCCACAGCUGUUGUCAGGAAUUUACAUAACAUAUCUAAAUUGAAAAGAGGUAAUAAGAUUCAUAUGUAUCUCUACUUAUACCUGGACCCAAACGUCAGUUUUCCUGCAGGUAAUAAUGCAGUUAUUGGAUUUAGUACACCAGACUCAAUUCCUGAUAUGAAAAACGAUAUGUAUCUUUUGAAACCUGGGAAAAUGUAUACUUUUUCUGUAUCUCAGGAAGUGGUUGCUGACUCCAGCUUCCUGGGAAAGUGCAAUACUUACAAUGCUGCAUCCAGUAAUAAAACUAUUUCACACCUGUUACCACCCCCUUAUGUCACUAACUGUACUGACUAUGAUAAAAUGGGAAGGGCAUCUUUUCGGGGUGGCUUACUAACACAACAGACCUGUUAUAUGGAGUGUGUUGCCAACCUAACUUUCGAGAUUUGUGGUUGUAUUUAUCGAGAUUAUCCUCAUUUGUUUGAAUUACCAGGGCCAGUUCGUCUCUGUGAAAAGUCUAAGGAAGAAGGAGUGUGCAAUACAAAUCCACUAAUAUCAGACACAAUUGAUGCACGCCAUUAUUGUGAAGGCGUAUGCCGUACUCCAUGCAGGUUAGUGUUACCUCCAGCAUGCCCUCAUAUGAUCCAAGCUGGACUGUGGAUCUCUGGUCUAUGGUUCUACCAGGUCAUCUGCCUUGAAGAUGGUGGACCCGGUGCACCAUCUGGGGCUUUGGUACUGCACGAGGGCUUUCAGCACUUCACCAGUACAAAAUUUGUACACCAAGUCCCAUGA